AUGGAGAACAUAGAUGAAGCGUUUGCUCGUCUUGAUAAAGAAAAACUCUUAGAAGUGACAUAUCUCUCUGCUGGCUGCAGGAUAUUUCGUGGAGACAAGCAGAAUUUCCUCUCCUUUCUAAAUACGUUGAGAAAACAAGGUGAUUCAGGGUUCUGUGACGUCGUUUUAGAAGUCGAUGGCCAGUCGUUCCCUGCUCAUCGGUGCGUCCUUGCUGCUAAUAGUCAGUUCUUUUACACGAUGUUUACCAGUGGAAUGCGAGAUUCGAAAGAAAAACAUAUCAAACUGUGUUCAUUAAGCAGCUCUGCUCUUUCUACUAUUCUUGACUUUUUUUAUACACGAGAAAUCGCUAUCAAUCGAGACAACGCUGAAGACUUGCUUGAAGCGGCGAGCUUUCUUCUCCUAAACCACGUCAAGAGUGCUUGUGCUUUAAUCAUCUCGAACAAUUUAUCUAUAUCUAACUGCUUUUCAACUAGACGCUUAGCAGACAAAUACUCUCUUGACGAACUCAAGAAGAAAUCCGAUACUUUUAUGAAAGAAAAUUUCCAACGAGCCAAACAAGAAUCGGACUUUCUGAUCUUGUCAUGUGCUGAGCUUUAUGAACUGAUAAGCAGUGAUGGACUCAGAGUAGAGAAGGAAGAGGAAGUAUUUGAGUCAUUAUUAAAGUGGGUUAGGCAUGACCCUGCGAACAGAGCUAAAGAUCUGUCGAGUUUGUUACCAUGUUUGAGGUUUGGUUCUUUAUCACUUGCCUUCCUUGAAGAGCAAAUCCAAAAAGAAUCACUCUUACAAGAAUGUAGUUUCUGCCAGAACUUUCUGAAGCAACAGAGAAGGCGACGUCGCUCUGCAAGGGCUAAAAGAGAAGUGGCAGCCAAAGAAAGGCCAUCUGCUAAGAUACACAAUGUCGUUGUUGGAGUAGGAAGAGGAAAUUUGCACACUUCAUUCUGUUUCAAUGUGGAGGAGGAUGUAAUGUACAGGCUUCCAGAGCCGCCGUCACCAACUUUUCAACUAGGGAUCACAGUUAUAGGACGAGACCUGUACUCUGUAAGUCGUGAUAGACACGACUGGGAUGAAAGUACCACAAGGCUUAUGAUGUAUUCACUAGGACAAACACACAAAACAGUCCACUAUUGGUAUGAGAAGAAUGGAGAUAUUCAGAGCCCAAGUGUUUGUCUAGGCAAAACGCAUGUAGUGUCACUCAAGGGCAAGCUGUAUACAUUAGGAGGCUGUUCAGCUUUUGUUGAAAGGCGUGCUGUUGUCCAGUGUUAUGAUCCUGUAGAAAAUGCCUGGAAAACUAUGGCUCAACUACUAACCCCAAGAUGCAUGCUGGGUGUUGUGACAACAGAAUUUCACCUCUAUGCAAUAGGAGGCAAGACGUCACAUACUAUUAAUGCUCCUGAGAAGCUUGUUGAAAGAUAUGAUCCAGAAGCAAACUAUUGGACGCCUGUAGCUCCCAUGAACACUAGCCGAGCUUCUCCCAAGGUUAUUGCCACCAGUGAAAACAUUUUCGUCAUUGGAGGCUUGCAUUUAGGUCCCGAAGUGACCUGCGAAGUUUACAAAGAGGUUUCAGACCAAUGGUCCAAUAUUGCAUCCCUACCAAGCUUCUCAACUCCGAAACUUACAUUUACUCUGAAUCAAGAAGUAUACGUCCUCAACAGCAGUGAAACAUGGAGAUACGAAAAGAAGAAGAACUCCUGGAAAAAAUCCCAAUCAUUCAAGUCAUUACGUGAAGGUUUCGAGGACUUCAGUGUUGCUCAACUACAGCUUCCAAAGUUUUGCUUUGAGCACUAUACGAGAAUUGCACCUCAGAACCUCGCAAGUUUUGGGCGAAGUUUCUAUGAUUGUUCUAGUGAUGACGAAGAUGAGGAAGAGGAAGAGAGCGAUUAUCAUCCAUGGUUUUUUUGGGGUGAAGAUUCAAGCGGUAGUGAUUAG